UGCUCGCCCCAAACGCCCAUGUGGGUGGUCCAGGGAAAGAAGGUCGACAUUCCUCUGAACGAAGGAAUCGAGGGAGUAAGAGAGGCCCUCACGCUCUUCUCUGUGCUGCCCUUCAGCCCUACAUUCAAUAUCUGCGACGCGAGCUUCCCUUUAGGACUCCGUGACCAAAAGCUGGUGACAGGAUCCAGGCCCUUGGAAGGCUCUGCAUACAGCCUUUUCCUCAGUGUACUCCCUGACAACACGUUGAAGGUGGAGAGUGUGAGAGAGCUGUUGGUUUCGAACCUUAAGGCGACGCCCACGAGCAUGGGGAUUCGAGGCCGCGACGGAGACAGGUUCGUGGUGGUGCAACACCUUGUGUCUGGACGCGGCGCCGAUGAGACUGAGGACCCGAGGCAACCCGAUGCGAACGCCCGAGAGAAGGGAGACCUGUGCCAGAAACCAGAUGUCAUCACUUGGACUCUCGCUGGCAUUUUGGCCACUAUGAUUGUCGCCUUUCUCGUCCUUCUCAUUAUUCAUUAUUUAUCCACAAGGACCAACAAGCUUGGGAAUCCAACGUCCAUUCAAACAACGCGCAACACCGCACAGCCCGAGGCAACACCAGUUCUAGUACCCGCCCGUGCGCCGGGCCCUCCGCCCGUCCCUGGCCCUCUGGCUGGCUCUCCUGUCCCCUCAACGCUGCCAAACCUGUGCCACCUUGGCCAUCGGGCUCCACCUGAUCAUCUCUCCCGAAAAUCGCCAGCUGCCACCGCUCAUCUGACCUCACAGACGCCCUCUGGGAUCAACUUCCCAGGACCCUCUUGGCUUCCCCCGGCACUUGCCGCUGGCCCUGGAGUGUGUGACCAGCGCGGCCUCGAGGGUGACGACGAACAGGGUGUGUACUUCGAGAUGGAUCUCCGUGCCAGCACGCUCCCGCCGCCGAGAUCAUAUGCGCUUCCUGAAUUCCAGUACGAGUGUGAAGAAACCAUCAACGACACGUACCAGAGUGCUGGUUAACCUGUAGAGCUAACCAGCUCAACAGGCUAGCAGUGGUCCCUGCUCUUAGUCCGUUAUUUCUUGCCUCAUUAAGUUAUUGCUUUUUUAUUAACGUCCAUACAUACAUUUACACCCUUAUAGAUAGAUAGAAAAAGAGAUAGGUAGAUUGAUAAUCCAUCCAUCCAUACACAACAUAAAUAAAAGAGGAGAUACGUGGAGAGAGAGAGAGAGAGCUAUUCACUGCGCCAUGUGUCGUGUAGAUAUUCACGGUGUUGAUUACGUUGCAUGAAGGAAGCGACUGUGGUAACCUUUUAGGUCCUAUCCUCCAAAAAGUUCCAUAUUCCGGGGAGGCCGACAGGCGAACGAAGCCGUGAUGCGUCUGAAGAAAAGCAAACAGACUGAUAAGCAAAUGUCUGUGUGUGCUUGUAUGUAUGUGUCU